AUGUCAAAAAUCCAGCCGCCUCCCUUUCCUCCCGGCCAUCAACCCACCAACAACACCACCCAACUCAACAUGCCGUCUGAAUCAAAGCCGAUCACCAUCAAGCUCACCGAUAAGAUCGUCGAGAUUCGCUUCGUGGCCUUCAACGAUGUUCCGUUCGAGUCUAUCUUCGCAACAUAUUGCGAAGAGCAGAAGAAGUCGUUCGAUGAGCUCUGUUUCGUGUUCGACCGCUUAUGCAUUCGGGGCCAUGAGACGCCAGCUAGUGUUAAGAUGCCUAGCGGUGCGAAGGUGAUGGUUUUCCAGUUGAUGGACUCUAGUCCGCAGCCGGCGCCGUCUUCAACUAAAGCCACACCGAGCUUCGCUGGCAAAAUUUGUCUCAGGAUCGUCAGCAACAACUUCAUAGAACAGUAUUAUGAAUUCGCGCCUAGUGCCACUGUGUCUGAGCUCUACGAUGCGUAUGCAAAGGACAUUAACGUAGACGUUGAUGAUUUCACCCUGGACGAGGAACUUUGCGGGCCUUCAGAGAACGUUCUGAUUCGGGAUGGCACUGCUCUACUAGACUAUUUCGAUGCCGGACUAAAUUACGUCAAUGUGAUCUUAGCCAUCUUUAAACCUUGAUAUCUCAAAGGACUGGCUUGAUCAAGCAAUAUUGCAGUGAAGAGAUCUGCUAGCAGGAAUGGACCAACAAGACACCAUCUUACAUCAAGACAUAACAAGACUGCGACGAGACACAAGA